AUGGUCAGAACUCUGGCGGGUCGUCCAGGAUCAUUUAGUUUGACAACUUGUCUUUUUGAGAGUCUGGAUCCAGUUCAGACUGGUUCUGUGGCGUUCCACGGAGCUCUGAUAGAACCCCCACCUCUCAUGUUCCUCCACGUGAACUAUCCACAGGACCUGAUUCUACGUCAGCAGUUACCAUCCCGCUUGGCACCACAAAGGUUCUGGUCCACCGCCCGUUGUAUGUUUGGUUUAAUCAGGGAUGAUGUAACCAGAAGAACUAACGGAACCCUGAGCUCAGGAACAGCUGCUCAGAACCAAAACCCGUCCUCCUCCCAUGUCCCGCAGCAGGAGCAGAAAAGGGCAGAACCACCAGAUUUACCAGGACCAGCAGGUCUAGGACUACCAGAACCACCAGGACCAGCAGGUCUAGGACUACCAGGACAACCUGGACCACCAGAACCAGCAGGUCUAGGACUACCAGGACGACCACGACCAGCAGGUCUAGGACUACCAGAACCACCAGGACCAGCAGGUCUAGGACUACCAGGACAACCUGGACCACCAGAACCAGUAGGUCUAGGACUACCAGGACGACCAGGACCAACAGGUCUAGGACAACCUGGACCACCAGGACCACCAGAUUUACCAGGACCAGCAGGUCUAGGACUACCAGAACCAGCAGGUCUAGGACUACCAGGACGACCACGACCAGCAGGUCUAGGACUACCAGGACAACCUGGACCACCAGAACCAGCAGGUCUAGGACUACCAGGACGACCACGACCAGCAGGUCUAGGACUACCAGGACAACCUGGACCACCAGAACCAGCAGGUCUAGGACUACCAGGACGACCACGACCAGCAGGUCUAGGACUACCAGGACGACCAGGACCAACAGGUCUAGGACAACCUGGACCACCAGGACCAGCAGGUCUAGGACUACCAGAACCACCAGGACCAGCAGGUCUAGGAUUACCAGAACCACCAGGACCAGCAGGUCUAGGACAACCUGGACCACCAGGACCAGCAGGUCUAGGACUACCAGAACCACCAGGACCACCAGGACCAGCAGGUCUAGGACUACCAGAACCACCAGGACCACCAGGACCUGCAGGUCUAGGACUACCAGAACCACCAGGACCACCAGGACCAGCAGGUCUAGGACUACCAGAACCACCAGAACCACCAGGACCUGCAGGUCUAGGACUACCAGAACCACCAGGACCACCAGGACCUGCAGGUCUAGGACUACCUGGACCAAGUUUGAGACGAUGAAACAUGUGAAUCAUUAAUAAGUGCUUUCUAUUGGACAGUGAAAGGAGUGGUGUGUGAAUAUUAAA